GGAGGUCGCUCGCCGCUUCUCUCUCUCUCUCUUCCCCGGCGCAGCGAGCGAGUGAGAGGGGAGUCACUUCAGCAGACGAGCGGCGUGCGGCUCCGGUAACUGUCCCCAUCCUGCUCGCCCCCAUUCAGACACACAAGCGCGCACUCACGGAUAACACGGCUGUGGGGGGUUACCGGAAAAAAAAAACAACAACAACAGCAACAACAACCGUCAACGCUGCGCAAUUCAUUCUCCGGUCGCUCCUUUUUUUUUUUCCUUCAUCCUUCUUCAUCGCACUCUCUGGUCCCUGGAUCCCGGACCCCCCCCCUCCCCUCCCUCCCUCCACUACCCCUCCUCCUCCUCCUCCUCGUCCCCCUCUUCACCCGGCGUAGGAAAAUACUACAUCAAGACUGUACGGCGAGUUUGGUUUGCUUUCUUUCCUCCUCUUGCCCCCCUCUUCUGAAUGACGGGCGGACGGUUCGACUUCGACGACGGCGGCACCUACUGCGGCGGAUGGGAAGAUGGGAAAGCGCACGGGCACGGCAUCUGCACCGGACCCAAGAGCCAGGGCGAGUACUGCGGCUCUUGGUCCCACGGCUUCGAGAUAGUGGGAGUGUACACCUGGCCCAGUGGGAAUCUGUACCAGGGCUACUGGGCGCAGGGCAAGAGGCAUGGGCUGGGCGUGGAGACGAAGGGCAAGUGGAUGUACCGGGGAGAGUGGAGUCACGGGUUUAAGGGUCGCUAUGGGAUCCGGCAGAGCCUCAACACACCUGCGAGGUACGAGGGUACGUGGAGCAACGGUCUGCAGGACGGCUACGGGAUUGAGACCUACGGAGACGGGGGUACUUACCAGGGGCAGUGGAUGGGAGGAAUGCGACAUGGAUACGGGGUGCGGCAGAGUGUGCCUUACGGGAUGGCUACGGUUAUCCGUUCGCCGCUGCGCACGUCCCUGGCCUCGCUCCGCAGCGAGCAGAGCAAUGGCACUGUCCUACAUGACAUUACAGCCGACAGCCCCGCCGGGACGAGAGGGGGGUUCGUCCUGAACUUUCACAGCGACAGCGAGGUAGUGACCGGGAAGAAGAAGGGCCUGUUCCGAAGGGGAUCGCUGCUCGGCAGCCUGAAGCAGCUCCGGAAGUCGGAGUCGCGGACGUCCAUCUCGAGCAAGCGCAGCUCGGCGCGGAGCGACGCCACGAUGAGCCGCAUCAGCUCCAGCGACGCCAACUCGACGAUCAGCUUCGGGGACGGGGACCUGCCCGACGAGUACUUCCCCAUGGAAGACCACGUCGACGCCACCACCACCGAGUCGUACAUGGGCGAGUGGAAGAACGACAAGCGCAACGGCUUCGGCGUCAGCGAGCGCUCGAACGGCAUGAAAUACGAGGGCGAGUGGAUGAACAACAAGCGGCACGGAUACGGGUGCACAACGUUUCCCGACGGCACAAAGGAGGAAGGAAAGUACAAAAACAAUGUCCUGGUGCGGGGGAUUAGGAAGCAGCUUAUUCCGCUCAAAAACACAAAAACAAAAGAGAAAGUGGACAGAGCGGUGGAGGGCGCGCAGCGGGCGGCGGCUAUAGCUCGAACCAAAGUGGAAAUUGCAGCUUCAAGAACUGCUCACGCAAGGGCUAAGGGAGAUGCGGCAGACCAGGCUGCUCAGGCUGCCUGCCAGGAAUCUGAAAUUGCCAGAGCUGUUGCCAGGGAACUUUCUCCAACCUUCCACCAGCCAGGCCCUGAUUAUAUCAAGCAGAGGUUCAACGAACCUGUGGAGAUUAAGGAGGCCCCAGAAGAAAAAAUAAAGGAAAAUUCAUCCCCGUCUCACAGUCCCCAUUUCUACCGGAAGGGGACCACCCCUCCUGAGACCCCUCACGAGAGCCCAGGCCCCACGCCUCCCCCUUCCCCCCUAGGCACCAAGAAAAAACAGCCGCAGCCGCAACACAACAGUGGGCCUGGAGGGAAGCCCGGCAAAGAAGAAAAACCGCCCGCGGUGACCGACGCCCCAGUGACCGCCAUCAGGAAGUCGGCGUCGCGGACCUCGAUGAGACAGGAAGCACCGCCCCCGAAACCCGCCAAGAAAGCCGAGCCAGCACACAAUCCCAGAGUCAGCUCCGGAAACGGACAGCUCCACUCCCAGUACCAUGGAUAUUACGUGAAGACGGAGGUGAAGAUCCCGCCGGAAGAGCCCGAAGACGCCGACGCCUCCAUCUCCCAGUCCACCCUCGCCAGGAUGCCCCCGCCUCCGAAGCAGAGCCGCUCGGCCCCAGCGAAGCCCACGAAGGCCAAGCCAGCCGCCAAAGAAAGCAAAACCGAGCCAAAAGCCAAGAGGCAGGAGUCUAUAAAACCAAAGAGCCUAGCAGAAACCAAGAAAGCCAGCAUGGAGGCCGCCAGCGACGUCGCAGAGGCCGAAUCGGGUCCUAACUCAAUUUUGGUCGCCCUUGUAAUGCUGUUGAACAUUGGUCUAGCUAUUCUUUUCGUCCACUUCCUGACUUGAUGCAACAAUAGCUCAGUGAAGGCGUGAAAACUAGUGGCGUAGGCCCUAAUUCUCUGCAGUCGUGUCAACGGCCUUUAAAAAAAAUGGCGCCAGUCAGACUCAGACACAGGCAAAGGAGGAAUGGAUUUAGAGUGAAACGCAGGAGAAAGAUGAGACGCGAACAUUGAGGCAGGGGCUGCUGAGCUCCCUGGCGAUGAUUUGUGGCUCUUUUGGGUCCCCAUGAAAGCUGAAGCAAGCAGCCAUGUUGGGAAAAACAAAAUAAAAAUCUGCUGAUCCCGCCUAAUCACUCAAGUGCACGGCUACUUCAUCUGUUCUGGCAGAGAGAGACAUAACUGGAAAUGCACGGAGAUGCACUUUUAGCUGACGGAAGCUAACAGCUGCCUUACUGUUUUACCAUCUGACGUUUUAGUGAGGAGAUGUGCAAGCGGCUGCCAGAGGAAUUUGUUCAGAGGACUUUGCUGCUGGGGAAUCAGUUUCCAGUGUUCAAUCUUCCCUCACUAGAAGAAAUCGUAUGCGUUUAGCAGCAUCACUCACAGGUCUUAUUCCAUUACCUACUUCUGCUGCUGCUUUCCCUGACAUCUCCUACAUUGUUUUAGGAGAUUCACUUCUUACAGGCUCGUGCAUGGUACUGUUAGUUUUUUUUCCCAAUUGUUAUUUAUUUCUGACUCGUACGAAUUGAAGCCUUUUGUUUGGUGUGUAACGUAAUAGACGCUGCUCAGCAAAGAGUUAUUUCCCUUCUUUCUUUUAGUUGGCAUAACGGUAAUAACCACCGAUAACAGCCCUCUUAAUUCAACAAAAGUUUUUUUUUGUUAAGAAGUUACUUUGCAAGCAAUGGGUCUAUAGAUUUUUUUUUUAUCAUCGCUAACGGUUGCAGAAAUUGUCACCUGUUUGUCCUACUACCUAGAAGGUGAAAACUUACUUAAAACUGGUAUGUGAGAAGCAAAAGGGAUAACAUAUUAGAUUUGUUUGUUUGAGUUUAUAUUCUUGUAAUAGAUAGGAAUAAUACUUGAUUGAAUUUAAAAGCCUAACAAAACUGUGUUAUUUAUUUAAUGAAUAAUGCUAAUUAAUAUAUGAUGUCAUAGUAUUGUAACAUAGACUAUUAUGCAUGGGAUUUUGUUGACAAAUGACUAUCAUUUCUGCUUUCAUUGUGACACCUUUAAUAGUCAAAUGCUGGCAAACAGUUAGCCAAAUUAAUGAGCAACCUGUUCCUGAGAUCUCACCAGAUUAGUGCUGUGCUCGUUUGCAUGUUUGCAUGAUUGGAGAUCCACAACCCCUUUCUGAAUUAAUGUCACUGGACUUUGUGUUGAAUACAUUCAGGUGAAGCUGCUGGGUACGGUAGGAGAAAUGGCAGGGUUGAUGCCUUUACCCGUUAUUUUUCAAAACAGUUCUACUGUUUACCUCAGAAAAUACAAGCCUCAAAAUGGAAUGAAGUGUUUGUCUGAAUCUUGUACUGUGGAAAGUCUGGCCACUGUAAUCAUUGGAAACUUGUUUUAAAACAAUGUGCCAUUUCAUUGUCACUGUUGUUUUCUUUGUUGCCAGCUCAGCAUGAUAAUUUUAUUUUAAUUUCUGAAACACUGUAUGUGAAUAUAUCACUUCAAAGCAAGAGAUUAUAUCUAUAUUAUACAUAUACUGUAGCAAUAUAUAUGUGUGAAUGUGUAUAUAUAUAUUCCUAUGUAUAUAUACAUGCAUUGUAAUUUCAAGUAGAGGUCAAAGCAAAGUGCUUGAAAACGAGAUUAUAUUUAUACCUGCAUUACAUAUAGAAAUAUAUAUGCUUGUUUGUUUUUAUAUAUAUUUCUGUGUGUAUACACGCAUUGUAGUUUCGCGUACUGGUCAAUGCAAAGUACUUGAAAAAAUGCUUUUAAUUAUUAAUUAUUGUAAUGGGAUUUUACUUUUUAGUGCAAUUGAUUUGUAAACAUUUUACUAGUUUGCAUGGUUUAUCCACAAGAUAUUAUUAUAAAAGCUACAGCUUUGUGAAGUCAAUAAUCUGGAUCGAUCUGUAUAACAGGUCAGGGCUGUGUAGGCUGAAAUCUACGGAUUUCACACCAGUAACACAAAGGUGUUUUUUGCAGAAGUAUGUUCAGAAUCCUAUGUGUGACCUGUGUGGAAUGAAGAAGAGAUCAGACACAACAAAUGAAAAAGUGGCAACUUAAAUGUUUUUUAAAUAAUUGUGCUUCAGAUGUAGAAAUCUGCCAAAUUCUUAAAACUGUAAUAUUUGCAAAUGUUAUAGAGAUGGCUAUUUUUGUGGACAUGUCCAGAUGUUUAACCCCUUUCCUGGCAACUGUGUAUGGCACUUUUUUUGUUUUGAUUUUUUUUUGUUCUCCCUUUUGUCUUGACGAAGAACUGAUAAGACCUGUAAUGACUAAAAAGACAAUAUUGGGAAUGUUUUUAAAAAAAGUAAACUAAGCAUGUUGGUAAAAUUUAUAUAUAGAUUAUAUACUAUUUGUAAGCAUUUUUACAGAGCACAAUCCAAAAUCUGUUGGUAUUUUUCUAAAAUGUGAACAGCUGUAUUUUGACAUUAAAAAGAGACUUUGUAAUUGGUUACUGUAAUAUACACUACAUUUUGGACAGCUGCCAGCUGCCAAUAAGCUUCUUAAAAGUUUUGCUUAUUUCAAUAAGAAAGAUUAACAACAUUGAAAAUGUUUACUGCUGUUAAUGAACUCAGCUGUAUGAGUUUCGAUAUUUUAAACCCCAAACCCCAAGCAUUUUUUUCUGUAAAGUUUUUGGAGCUGUUAUUUCCACAAAUAAAAUUCAGUAAAAAAAAAGUUA